ACCGUCGACAUUUUGUCUGCUGGAAGCGAGAAAAGAAGCGGGAAUCUGGCCGCUGCUUAGCAACAGCGGCAGGGCUACGUGGCUGUCAGUUGGCUUAGAAAACAGAAACAAACAUCCAAAUGUUGACUUUGGUUGUGAAAAUUAAACUCCUUUCGUCACAUUUUAUCACAGACUCAUGUCGUCGUGUUAGUUUUCAGAACUGGAACAUUUUUUCCAACUUUAUGUGCUUUUAUAAACGUUUUAGGCUAAUUUAUUAUUGUACUCAGGUAAAAUAAAGUGAGCCAGAUGUUUGUUUUUUUAUUUAUUUUACACAUUGACGGAGAUGUGAACCACAUCCCUGCAUGUUUAUAACCCGAGUUUAAGAUGUGGGUAAAUUAAAUAAGUUAAAGCUUAUCCGGCUGGAAGAAAAAGUGAUUUAUUGGAUCUAAGCAGGUUCUGCAGAGAACUUCCUGCUUUUUUUCAGGAUCCAACCGAUUCAGAACUGAACGGUUCUGUUCAUGAUGGACCCGUAGGGAGUCCGGUUCUCCGGUACCGAGACUUCCCAGACUAGGAAUUAUUUUAAUUUUAACGAGUUUAAGCGUUUUUUCCUCCUGCACCGUAAGAACCAGAACCUUUUAAUGCGUUUUGUUGGGACUUCAUGUGACAGAUUAACCCAGACUGGUCCAUCAGCAUGAGGUGGAAGGACAGAGCUCAUGUGUGAGGCUGAAAACUUUAUUUACAAAGUAAAAAUCUGAAAAGUGUGGCGUGCUUUUGCGUCUUUAGAGCCGCCUCUACAGCUGCCUGGCUGCUUGGUUUGAGGGAUUGCUGCUAAGUCAGCAACUGCCCGCUGUGGCUCUGCGCUCCUUCAGGAGUGAAGGACUUGAUACUAUCCGCUGGGUUUCCUUAGAGGGAAACUUUUAACCAAUCUGUCUGAUUUACCGUUUUAUCCGGACUAUAAGUCACACUUUUUUUUUCAUAGUUUGGCCGAUCCUGCCACUUAUAUUCAGGUGGGAACUAUAUAUAAAAUUUAAAUGGUAAUUCAUGUUGACCAGCAUGAACCAAUGAGUAAACAUGUUUAUAGUAUAAAUAUUCACUGUAUUAUGAUGCAGGAAACGAGAUGUUUACCCUUCCUGCCGCUGUCCUGACGUCCCCGCCCCGUCGGCUUUGCAAUCAUGGAAAACAAACCAACCCCCAGACAGAGACUCUCAACAAGAUCAGAGACAAGAUCCCCGGUUUUUGUUAGAGAAACCUGCUCACCUUAACUUAAAGCUUUAUUGAAACAUUAACUUACAGACAACAAAUCCUGACGACGUGUUUGUAUGUUUCAGUCAGCGUUGCCCUUUAUGGAGCAUUUUUUUCACUUAUGCGACUUAUAGUCCGAAAAAUACGGUAAUUGACCUGACUCCGUCAUCAGAGCCAUAUAAAUUAACUGAUAUGAUUUGAUCGACGGACUGACAUGUUUGCUCCUACCUCAGUCAGACUUCUGGUAAAAUCUGUUGUUUUUACCACAUAUUCUGUGUUGGAUUUAGGUGUGGACUUUGACUAGGCCGCUGCUAAUACGUGAUCUGCUCCUUUCAGGUCUGCUAACUGGCUUCCUUCCAGCAUCGUCCUGAUUUAGCUCCAUAAUUUGGUCACGUCUGAGUGGAGCGUCUUGUUUUAUGCUUCAUGGCUGACAUGGGAAACUUUAAAGGAGCUUUUUACGGCUUUUUUUCACACUUUUCCUUCAAUGUCAGACUUGGGGAGUCCACGGCUAGAAGUCGUCCUGCAAACACCUGAUUAACUUCUAGAUUAGUACUUUUGAAGCAUCAAAAACACAUCCGUCAUUUUUCUCCCAGUUCACAGCUCUACUCUAGUACAAAUGUAGUCACGGUUGUGGUUUUAAAGGGACAAGAAGUGAAGACUGAAAAAUGGGUCGUAAACCUGGGACUAGGGCUUUAAAAUAAAAUCUCUGAAUUUAUUUAACCAAAUUCAAUUAAUCAAUUUUUUUCUUCUUUUCGUUUCACAUAAAGAAAAUAAAGAAAUAAUUAAAAAAACUUGCUUUUAUGACCUGAAUUCAAAGAGCAACUAAAUCCAAGCUGUGAACCAAGAUGGCCGCCGUGCCGUCGUAAACAAUGACGAUAAAACUAAAUGUUUGCUGCUGGUGGUUUUACACGAUGAGCUAAAAACAGGCUUUAAACUAACUUAAAAAACAUAAUUAAGUAAAUUAAAGUGUGUUGUCUAAAAUAGUUUCCUCUUUACAUGAUUUUAACAUAUUUUCCUGAAUAAAUAUUCAGCACCGCUGCUGUUCUCUUCAUGGACGCCUUAUGGGUUUGUUGGGAGGUCCGCUGUGUGUCUUCCAGGUCUACAUGGCCUGUCAGUCCAUGCUGAUAGUUCUGGUGGGAUACACGCCGGCGUACCGGCUGGAGCCGCGGGGCGGCGGCCCGUCCGGCCAGCCGCAGCGCGUCACCUUCACGGAGGACGCGGAUUCCAUCGUCACCGAGUGGCUCCUGGUCAGGCAGCAGGCCUAUAAGGUCAGCCUCGCCGGGUCGCUCUUCUUCACCGGCCUCCUGCUGGGGAACGUCCUCUUCGGGCCCCUCUCCGACAAGAUCGGCAGGAGACCCGUCUACCUGACAGGGCUGUUCUUCGAGGUGAUCUUCGGCUACGUGACGGCCCUGGCGCCCAGCUACGAGGUCUUCGCGGCGUCCCGUCUCCUGGUGGGGCUGAUGAACGGCGGCAUCGGCCUGGUGUGCUUCGUCCUGGCCCAGGAGUACGUGGGCAAGCCCUACUGGGCCAUGACCGGGACGCUGAGCAGCAUGAUCUUUGCCGUGGGCAUCGCUCUGUUCGGGGCGCUGGGCUACCUGGUGCGGCCGUGGAGGACUCUGGCCUUGGUGGCCAACUCCUCAGGCGUCCUCGUCUUCCUGCUGUCGGUAACUCUUCCAGAAUCUCCUCGCUGGCUGUUUUCUCAGGGACAGACGGAGCGAGCAGAAGAGGUUCUGCGCUACAUGGCGGUGAGGAACGGCACCAGCGCCACCAGCCUGGUCCUGCAGCGCGUCGGCGGCACCGGCAGCCCGGUGAGGAGCCGGGGCGGCGUGCUGCAGCUGGCGGUCCACCCGGUGCUGCGCCUCAGGACGCUGGUGCUCAUGUAUGUGUGGUACGCCUGCAGUCUGGUGUACUACGGCCUGACACUGGGGGCCGGCGGCACGUCGGGGAGCCGCUUCCUCAGCGUGGCCAUGUACGGCCUGGUGGAGCUGCCCGCCUACCCGCUCUGCAUUUACUUCAUCAACAAGAGCUGGGCCGGCAGGAGGAAGAGCAUGGCCAGCUUCCUGUUUCUGGCCGGCGCCGCCUGCCUCUGCACCAUGUUGGUCCCGGAGAACCCAGGGGCUCUGCUGAGCGUCACGUCUCUGGCUCUGCUGGGGAAGCUGAUGGUGAGCGCCGCCUUCAACAUCGCCUACGUCUACACGUCUGAGCUCUACCCCACUGCGAUCAGGAACGCCGGGCUGGGGGUCUGCUCCAUGUCCUGCAGGGUGGGAGGCAUCCUGGCGCCGUUCGUCCCCUCCAUGCGAGCUCUCCACGCCUCCAUGCCCUUCACCGUCUUCUGUCUGAGCGGCCUGUCUGCAGGCUGUCUGGGCCUCCUGCUGCCCGAGACCCUCAACAGGCCCGCCGCCGAGACGCUGGAGGAGCUGAGCAGUCCGAGCCACGGCCGGGUUCUGGAGAGCAAGGCUCUGCUCUACCAACAUGAGAAAUGGGGGUCGACCCACAAGUGAAGCCGUCGCCUCGUCUUCCAGCCUCCAGGGAACGGCGGCUUCAGAGCGCCGAGGCGUCCCUCCUGUCCGGCCACAGCGUCUCCGGGUCUCCUGCACGGUUCUGAACGGUUCCGCCUCAGGGCUUUAGCUCCGGGUUCUGUCGUGAUGUCGCCGCCGUUGGCUGCAGAGAAGCACAAACUUAGACUCAAAGAUGAACCGUUGCUGUCGGAGCGGUCUGGGAAAACCCAGAACAAACCAGGUCACAGUUUACAGAACCCAGAAUCCAGUGACCCAGAACAUGGAAACAUGAGCCGCUGGGAGCAGAGCUCUAAGCUUUUAUCGGGUCAGAACCACCUGAACCUGCUCCUGGUUCUGACCCGGUAGAGAUGGAAAAGCAGAACCUCUGCUUCAGGUUAAGGGUUGAUGAUGUAAUGGAGGCUCGUGUUUCGGAUCAGCACCAGCAGGUGUUUUACAUCCUGAAUGGUUCCUUUCAGGUCUGGGUUCCAGGUCAGAGCGGAUGUUCUCAUACAGAACCGGUGGUGGUGAUCAUUAUGAGGAUCCUAAAGGAGGUUCAGUGAGCCGGACCUCUGGAACGUCUGGGUUUGGGUUCUAUUGCUUCUCAGUGAUUCUGAUAAUUAAAACGGUUUUGUGGUCCACGUGUUACAGCGAGAACCGGACCUCGCCUCAGUUAAUCUGCACUUUAAGUGAAAUCCUGCCAGUUUAUGGGACCAAACCUGAAUAUUUAAAUGGAGCUUUUUAUUCGUAUAACAGUUUAUAUUAAAUUCUGAUAUAUUUUUCCACUUCUGCCCAACAGGGCUGAGAAGAAACGGCUAAAUCAGCCAAAGUUGUGUUCAAGUGAGUCAGGAAAUCUCAACGCCUGAAGGUUUCAUUAGAAAGAAAAGUGGAAUAAAAUCUGAUUCAGAUUAAUAAUGUUGGUGAUUUAAAUGCUAAUUAAAGGUUCUGGUCGGGUGAAGGGAUGAAAGGUUCUGGAUUAAAAACACUAAAACAUUCCUGGAAGUUAAUAUUUGAGGAUUAAAUGACGUUUUUUUUCCUCUGGUUUUCUGUUCAGCUGUUUUGUAAGUAGAUGAUAUUAAUGUUCAUUAAACCUGUUGCUGCAUCUGCAGAAUUUAUUGGUUCUGAAUAAAUGAAACGUUCCUCUUC